AUGGCUGACGAUUCACACGAAGACGACCUCGAGCGUCUCAAGUCGGCGCUCUGGUAUGCCGUGGGCCAAAUCGUGGAUGAGUUCUGUAUGAGCCGCAACCGCAACGCGACGCCGCAAUUCAUCGGUGCCCUGACUGAGCUUGUCUGGACUCAGAUCGAAAAUGUCGCCAUCGACCUCGAAUCCUUUAGCAACCACGCUGGUCGUACAACCGUCACCACCGACGACGUGCUUCUCCUCGCGAGGAAGAACCCCGAUCUACAGACCAUCAUGGGCGAAUUCGUCGAGACAAGAAAGGCAAUGAGCGCUAGCACCAAGGGAAAGCAACGGGCAAAGAAGUGA